UCCAUACUAUGUAGGUAUAUUUGUAUAUAUACUGUGCUGAGUAGCGCGCUAGGGAAACUUCUCUUAAACGCUAUAAAAAUUGAAAUUGUAACGUGAAUUUCUAUUGAUUAGAUAAAAGAUAUGAUAUUUUAAGAUAAAUUUUAUCUACUUUAUAGAAUCCUUAUGUUUACCCACUUAAAGAUUUUGCGAUUUUGUCGCUCAGUGUGUGAUUCUUCCGAUCAAAAUGGGUAUUCUUUUAGGGAUUGCGACAUUUUUAUUUCUAUCUUGCAGCUUGUCAACGUCUUUGCCUGCCUCCUCUUUGAACGAGAUAAAUCGCGUAGUAAAUGGAGAACCCAUCGACAUAUCCCAGAUUCCGUACCACGCGGCUCUACGACGAAAAUCAAGUGUGGGAUGGAUUUAUACGUGUGGAGCAGCCAUUAUAACCACCAAAACUCUGCUCACUGCAGCACAUUGUGUUACAGCAAUACAAUCAGAUCCUUCACAAUUGAGGGUUGCAGUUGGGACUUCAUCUCGAUCAUGGUGGAUCGAUGGUGGAACCAUAUACAACUUAAAGUCCGUGUAUCCUCAUGAAAGAUAUUCUUCGCUCACACUGGAACACGACAUAGCAAUGCUUGUGACAUCAAAGAAAAUAAACUUCAACAAAAAUGUUGAUGCGGUUUUCAUCCCAGAACCUAAUUUUAGCCUCUCGCUUGGGGAAGCAGCACUAGUUUCAGGAUAUGGAAUAAUAUCAUACGAAGGCCCUGUAUCAUCCGUAUUACGAGCAGCAAGUGUGGAAAUUGUUAGCCAAAAUAUCUGCGCUCGUGCCUAUCGACGGAUCGCAAAGAUAUCAGAUGGCAUGUUAUGUGCUAUCGCCAACAACCCUCCUAGAGACGCUUGUCAAGGAGACUCCGGAGGACCUCUGGUAGUCAAAGGCACCUUGGUCGGUAUUGUAUCUUGGGGUGAAGGUUGCGCUAAUAUUACUUACCCUGGAGUAUAUACAAGGGUUUCAGAGUACUAUUCCUGGAUUAUUGACAAACUAGUACUAGUUUAAAAUAACGGUAUCUUGCAAUUGCGUAGGAUAAAUUAGAAUUACGUAGGAUAGAUUAGGCGAAGUAUAAAUUAGCAAAAUCUAGGGGUGCGGUGGGGUAAACGUAAUUUAUUUGAAUUUGUAUUCAAGAAUCCUUAGAUAUUUGAAACCUAUUUUUAACGCAAUGUAAUCAAUAUCUAAGCAAGACGUUAGAAAAACUUAAAUAAAUCUUAUCUUCGAGUGUAUAUCUUAUUAUGUGAAAACCCGUUUAUUAGGUGUGACAUCUUUUUGAUAGUACUUCGCUGUUGGCAACGAUAUAGAAUUUCUUCAUCGAAGGUCAUAAAAAUUCAAAAAUAAAGCCAAUUCUAGUGCGAUUCAUCUAACAAUGUAUGCAAAACAACAUUAUGCCCGCGUUUUUUUAAAUUCCCAUGGGAGCUCUUUCUGUUUAGGAUUUUCCGAGACAAUCGCCUAUGUCCGUUCUCGUGAUGUAAGCUAACUGUGUACGAAAUUUCAUCAAAAUCGCUUAAAUGGAUGGGCCAUGAAAAGCAAGCGGAAGGACAGACGGACAAAAGGAAGAAUCGUUUGUACUUGUGAAGAUAUUGUACCUGCCUUCUUGAUUUAAUUGAUUUAACAUUAGCAUAUCAAAAGCGUCCUAUCGCUAACAGCGACAUUCCAAUUAAAUAGUUAAUACUAGGUAAAUACUUAAUAGUUAGUAGAUGCUUUAAACGUGUAGCACAGAAGCGAUGUAGAAUGUUAUCAGAGUCGAGAUCAUGAGCUAAGUUACCGAUGAACGCCGAUACAGAUUCAAUCUCUUCCAGUAACGAGAUUUAAUGUAGGUACCUAGUACCUAUCGACUGGGAAAGAAGGAUUCCUUUAUGGAACUGAAAAUGAUGCCCGCAUCUACAUCCGAUGAUUGGAAUUAGAUUUUGGGUUCCGUACCUCAAAAGGAAAAACGGAACCUUUAUAGGAUCUAAUUGUUGUCUGUCUGCCUGUCCGUCCGUCCGUCGUGUCUGUCAAGAAAACCUAUAGUGUACUUCCCGUUGCUCGUAGAGGCAUGAAAUUAGGCUGGUAGGUAGGUUUUAUGGCCCAAGUAAAGGAACAAAUCUGAAAAUCAUGAAUUUGUGGUUACAUAAAGAGUAUCCGAGUGAGAGAGUGUAUGUUGAAUUAGUCACUGCGAUCAGAAUCUUGUUAGAUUUUUCAUUUCUGUAAUGUAAUGUUAUGACCUGCUUAGAACAUACUUAAGAAGGUACCUUUUAUCUAAAUAAUAUAUAAUGCCU